AGAUAGAGGUGAGCGUGGUUUUAUUAACAGGCUUAAAGUUUGAGAAAAUGCUUCAGAAUCGUCUAGGACUCUUUCCUCGAGCGGUCUAUGCCACCUUCCGACGCAACAUGGGCAUCAGUGCAGUUCUGUUACAGAAAACACCAACUGAUCCAAUACAAAAGCUGUUUGUUGAUAAAUUAAGAGAAUAUACACAAAAGAGCAAGACCGUCAAAGGAGGACUUGUGGAUGCUUCUCCAGAAACAUUGAAGGAGUACGAAGCUGAAUUGACCAAGGUGAAGAGCCAGUAUUCGGGAGGAAAGGACGUGGAUAUGUCAAAAUUUCCAGCAUUUAAUUUUGUUGAUCCUAAAAUUGACCCCAUCAAUCUAGAGAAGAAACAAUAAAACUUAUUUUAGAUGUUAGAAAUUUGUAAAUUCAGAAAUUCUUGGAACAAUAUAAAUAAAUGUAGAAGGUAAUAUUUUGGAA